GGAAAUUGAAAGAGAAACACGAAUAGAACUUAAUGAAAAGAUUAUUUGAGAAAUUUUGGUGGUGCAAAUAUCGUAACUCAUGAUUUAUGAAUGUUUAUUGGGUACGCAGUAUUCAACUUCGACCCAAAAUUCUACAACUUAAUGGAGGUAUCAGAGUACGAGUACGAGCACUGCACAUCCAUGGAGCCUCUCAAAGUGUUCAACAGCAGCCCAGCAAUCAUCCAACUCAACCAGAAUGCUUCCUUCUUCUUCGUUUGCACCAUCGCCAACUACUGUUGUCUUGGCCAGAAGCUCGCCGUUUCCGUCCACCAAAGGACUCAUAACAACAAACCUCCGUCUUCAUCGCCGUCGCCGUCGCCAUCGCCAUUGCCUUCUCAUGCACCACCACCUCCCACGCCGCCACUGCCACCGCCACCGUCAGCAAGUAAUUCUAAUGGUUCUGCUGGCAAUCCUCCUCCUUCUUCAAAUAAGAAAAAUAAUGCAGUGGCAUUUGGGACUAGUUUCAGUGUUCAUCUGCUUCCACUCUUGCUCUUAGGGUUUUGGAUGUUCUAGGUUAUUUAUUUUUAGGGUUUUAUAUUUCAUUCUGUUUUCUUAAUUAGUAGUCUUUUAAUAUUGAGUUUGAUGAUUUAAUUAUUAUUAGGGGUUUGUUUGCAUUGGAUUUUGUCGCUUGCUUUAUAAUGUUAUGUUUUUCAGGGCAUAUAUUUAGUAUUGUUUAAUUUGUGCUUGAAUUAUCAUGCUAUACGUAUACUCACUUUAUUAUUUUUAGG